GUGUAAUUUACUCAAAAGGAAAUGAAGUCCCGGGUGAAAAGGGGGGAAAUUUGCUACUACAUCAGCCAGCCCUACUCUCCCAAAAACACAGCGACAGCGGAACUUGAAGAAUGCCAUCGUUUCCUCAUCCAGGCUCCGUUACUGUAUGCGAAAUCAACAGAGACCUAAUUACCGCUGAAAAUCUUUCGGAGGAUCAAGCGAAGGAAACUUAUGGAAAAGUUCUUGGAGUAGUAUUCAGUCCAAUUCCGUAUCAGUUAGAUUAUCCAGCGUCGCCACAUCCAGAUAGAGGCGUAGAACUUCCAGUGAAUCGUUUAUCGCGUUUACUUCAAGCAGUCUCUUAUGGUCCUCUUAAAAGCCUUCUGGGUCCUGAUGAUGUGAAAUUAUUGCCACAUGUUGAUCUCAAAUGUGUUAGUUGGCACCAAAAAAAGGAUAUUCUGGCAUUUAUUUUUGCACGGAAUCAAGUAACUAUUCGUGAUUAUGGAGACUCAGGAGAAGGCAAGGACCCCUGCAUUCUGAUGAAUGAUCUUCAAAGGGAAGCUAAGCUCUUGGAAUGGAGGCCAAAUGCUGGGAAGACACUUUCAGUAGGCUGCAAGGGUGGAAUUUGCAUUUGGUCUGCUUCAUAUCCUGGAAAUACUGCAUGUGUUAGACCUGGGGUUAAUUCUGGCAGCCACUCAUCGUUCACAAUAUGGGAUUUUGCUCAAGGGGUGGGCACACCCAUUCGGCGAGGAUUAGGGAGAAUAUCACUGCUAAAGUGGUCUCCUACUAGAGAUUACUUCUUUGCUGCAAAAUUUGAUGGAACAUUCUAUCUGUGGGAGACAAACACAUGGACAUCAGAACUCUGGUCUUCAACAAGUGGCUUUGUCACGGGAGCAGCAUGGGAUCCUAAUGGGCGAAUGAUUCUUAUUGCUUUCUCUGAAUCCUUAACAUUAGGUUCUGUUCACUUUGCUACAAAGCCUCCAUCACUUGAUGCACACCUGCUACCUGUUGACUUGCCAGAGCUGAAAUCUUUGACCAACAGUGGAGGUAUUGAGAAGAUAGCAUGGGAUGCUACAGGGGAGCGUUUGGCUGUGUCAUAUAAAGAUGGAAACGAGGUGUACAAGGGUCUCAUCGCCAUAUAUGAUGUUAAAAGGGCCACAAUCAUAACCCCCUCAUUAAUUGGGUUCAUCAGAGGGCCUGGAGAGGACCCGAAGCCUCUAACAUUUUCAUUCCAUGACAAGUACAAACAGGGGCCCCUGUUAUCGGUUGUAUGGAGCACUGGAAGUUGUGUCACCUACCCCCUCCUGAUUCGUUCCCAUCUCCUUGCUUAG